GACAUUUAAAUACAAACAGAAAGAGUCAUUAAAGAGCUAAGAGAACAGAAAAUAAAAACAAGCUAAAAUAGAACACUGUGGGGCUGUGCUGGACCCUCAGGAUAUUAGUCACAAAAUAUGUAUGCAAAUCAAAUGAAUAGCCUACACUGUCACUACACACUAUCCAGUUGACUGUUUGCCCUCCUUAACAGUGUAACUAGGCAUGGCAUGCCUGUCAAGCUUUAGAUCUCUCCACAUACAGAGAUAUGCAUGGGCGUAUAUUAAGAUCAAUAUCUAAAGAGUUUGGGGAGUGGUGUCUUUUCUAUCACCUUUCAAAAACAAAAACACAAGACCAAAAAUAUAAGGAAUAGAUUAAACUGUGUUUAUAUGUAACAUACACUGCAAAUGUUACUAUGCCCAUUUAUGUAAAUAGCUUACUACCCACAUUAGUAACCCGUAUUAAUUCAAAAGGGACAUGUCAUUAGCUAAGUAUAUUAAUAUGUGGUGUUACAUACCCAUUCAAGGCAAUAAAUAAUCACUGGGAACCAAGAUGCUACAAUGUCUGAGAGUAAGAGUUUAGAGUAACAAUAGCGGUUCUGUCGUGCUCUUUGUUUGAUUUGGGUAAGUCUAUACCAUGGAUCUAUUAUAAGAACUGAGGGGUGUACUAUGAAGUAAGUUUGACAUAGCCAGGCUUUCUUUGCGUUAGCUGGCUCAACAAAACCUAAAACCCCACUCAGCAAUAAUGGGUAUUGCGUGUCCCCAUAAAAGAGGGCGUUUGGCACAUCAUUUGAAUCUUCUUCUGCAGAAAAUGGACUGAUCGUGUGCUGCCUACUUCAAUCAAGAGGAACAGAUGGAGUGUUUUGGGAGACCCACCUUUGAGAGGGGAACUCUGGGUGCAGGCAACAUGGAGGGAAGUUAAACAUUAUUCAUUUCCAUAUACUACCCACACUGUAACGAUACAGUGCUGGUUGAAAAUCAGCAAAGUUUCCCUUUAAUACAUCCAUGGUCUACACUCUAGCAACUCCAGCCAAACUUGCAUUUGUGUUUCCUUUGCAAAAACCUGUUGGUUAUUCCUCAUACUCAAAUACUUUCUCUUUUAAAAGCAAAGCAUACUGUUUGAAAAUACAAACAUUAUAGCAUAAAUCUAAGCACUGUGUUGCUUGUCCGCGUAUGUUUUUCUAUAUAAGCACUCAAACCAUCCAAGGGUUAUGUUAGAAUGAAUAAGAUUUCAUUAAUUACAACAAGGGUAAUAACAUAGAUUACAAUUUUAUUUAGAAUACUGUACUAUAACGCUAAGGCUAAAUAGUUCUACCCUGCAAUACUCAAAUAAUGCUGUCUUUAUAUCCAUACCUUAAAUCAUCAGUACAAACUUGAAAACACAUGAAUGAAUCACAUCAGAGUCAUCAAUAAACCACACACACCAUAUGUAAUUCAUCAAACACUGAAUAAAGACUUUUGACUUGUUCCUUGAAAAUCUAACCUUUGUGAUAAGGGCCUCCUCCUCAAAACCACAUUGUUUGCAUAUGCACACUACACAAACGCUUCCUUCUUUCUCUAAUACAGCAGAGCAUUUAAAGACUGAAAUUGUCGGUGAUGUGUGCCAUUGAUCUUCAGUAGCUCAAGUGGACUGUGAUCUCACCAUGAAUAUCCAGUGUGAACUUGUUAUACUGAUACUUGCGCUGACUCUUGAUGAUCAAGUUCAUACAGGGAAAAUUAUUGGAGGUCAUGAGGCUGUGCCACAUAGCAGGCCCUACAUGGCGCUUUUGGAGAUGAAGAUGCCAAGUGGUAAAACAAAACACUGUGGUGGCUUUCUUCUAAAUGAAGAUUUUGUGAUGACUGCAGCCCACUGUCAAGCCAAGUCCUACACAGUCUUACUAGGAGUUCACAUUUACGGAGAAAAAACUAAUGGCAUACAGGAGAUACCUGUGGACCAAGCAUUUCCACGUAAGGACUACAAUCCAACUGACUUCACAAAUGACAUAAUGUUACUCAAGUUGAGCACCAAGGCACAUUUCAGCAGCACUGUGAAACCCAUUAGUCUCACAGGUCAAGGUGACGGCUCUCUGCCAAAAUCAUGUAUAGUCUCCGGCUGGGGCACGACAGGCAUCAACAAAGGACAUAUGUCUCAGAGUCUCAUGGAAGCCAAUGUAACACUAAGUGAUGGAAAGCAGUGUGUUAAAGAAAACUCAUACUGCUCUCAGGGAGACAUUGGACCGGGUGUGGGAGACUCUGGUGGUCCACUGGUCUGUGAAGAUGGAAAGGCAUACGGGGUGGUGUCCUCCGCCUUCAGUCCACAUGGAGGUGGCCCAAAAAUGUACAAUUAUGCCAAGAUUUCUGACUAUAGAUACUGGGUCGAUUCAUUCAUGAAAUAUAAUGGAAAGCUCUAAUACAUGUUACAUUCAAUUGACCAAAUCCAAUUUGAAUUUACAAUAGACUACUUCAUUUAAAUUGUAUAACACUGGAGAAUUUCAAAAUUGAUGUUUAAGUUGCUGUUAUCACUGGCUGCAUAGCAAUGACACUGCCAAAUAUGCUUUGCACAGAUUUAAAAAUUCAAAAUAUACUUUACUUUGAUGUUUCUAAAUCAUGUCUGUUUGUAAAUCAAUGAAAUUUUCUUUAGGCAAGUUGAACCAAAACUCUGAAAAAAGAUAAAUAUGAUUUGGUCAAUUUAUGUGACAUGUUUUGGCUUUUUUAAGGCACAGCGGUUUUUUUUGCUACAGAGGCUACAAAAAUGUUUUGUCAAUGAAAUGUAGGAUAUUCCAGGCAAAUUCCAGGUGUUGCUACAGUUAAAACCAGACAUUUAAGUGUACACUCAAUGCUGUUUUAGAGACGUCAUAUCUAUUGAUAUUUAAACAUAGUAUGUCCUGUCUCUUAAAUACAAUGUUGCAUGUAAGAAAUA